AUGCAAACUCGGAAACCAAGAAAAAAAGUUAUGCUUGCAGACACAAAAAACUUAAGAUAUACUCCUAAAGAGAGAACAGAAGCGAAACCUCUUCAAAAGCUAUUUCCAUGCAUGAUAUUGAAUCCGGAAUUUAAUCCAGUCACCGGCGGAAUGGCGUUGAGCCUGGCGAACGCCUGCCCAGUCAGAAGUGGAUGGAGUGAGGCGCUCCACCGCCGAUGCCAGUUCAUUGAACCCGACCCGGGCGCAUUCAUUCGCCGACGUGGCGUGCUG